CAGCAGAAGCCGAAGAGGAGGGGGGUUGGGUGACGGUUGGCUCUCCGUGUCUUCCUGCGCUGGUUUCUGUGGAUGCAGCUUACAGGAGGAGGAGGAGAGGGAGUAGCAGCUGCCGCUGCUGCUGCUGUGUUUCCCGGACGAGCGGUGGAGAGGGACGCUGUGGGGAACUUAAACCGAAGGGAGCUGGGAGAGGCCAAGGGGAAACCCUCCCUUUUUUCCUCGAGUGGCUGAGGAGGCAAAGAGGGAGAUGAGGCAAAGGGCUCGCCAGGAGCCAGUGAGGGGGGAGGAGGACGAGAAGAAGGGCCGCUCCAGGUUGGGCUCGUACCAGGAACAGCAGAAGAGGCUACAGAAAGAGUUGUUGGCUUUACAGAAUGACCCACCACCAGGAAUGACCUUGAAUGAAAAGAGUGUACAAAAUUCAAUUACACAGUGGAUUGUAGACAUGGAAGGUGCUUCUGGAACAUUAUAUGAAGGGGAGAAAUUUCAGCUGCUAUUUAAAUUCAGUAGUCGGUAUCCAUUUGACUCUCCUCAGGUCAUAUUUACUGGUGAAAAUAUUCCCAUACAUCCUCAUGUUUAUAGCAAUGGUCAUAUCUGUUUAUCUAUUUUAACAGAAGACUGGUCUCCAGCUCUUUCAGUGCAAUCAGUUUGUCUUAGCAUUAUUAGCAUGCUUUCCAGCUGCAAAGAAAAGAGAAGACCACCAGAUAAUUCAUUUUAUGUAAGAACAUGUAACAAGAAUCCAAAGAAAACAAAAUGGUGGUAUCAUGAUGACACUUGUUGAUGCCACCAUUUUGUGAUACUCCUAACAGAAGAUAGUCCUACUGAGAAAACGAGCACUUUGAUCAUUCAGUCUUUGAACUGUAACCUCUGACUGGAAGUGACAAAUAGACAAUGAAGACUACUUCCCUUGAGUGCAUUUUUACUAGUGUGCAUUCUGGGCGCAUGUUGAUCGCUGGUUCAAUCCAUGCUACUGAUGUGCUUUUCUUAGUCAUACAGUAUUAAUGCAGGUGUUGGAAAAUAGAAUUCAAUUUUUAAUUUUUGGGGGAGAAAUUCCAGGUCUUCAUGUAUUGUGCAAUAAGAAUUUCUUGACGGUUUUGGUGUAUCCAUUGCCGGCAAAAGAUUGUUUCAGGAAACCUAUACCCCUGCCAUAGAAAAGUUAGAUGCAUGAUAGGGCCUAUGAAAAGUUUUUAAGUAUAUUGGGAUUAUAAGUAACCUAUCUUUACUUUGAAAGCCUCCUAAUUAUUUAGUUUUGGAUUCUGUGCACUGUGAUCAUAAAACUAGCGGCGUGAGUUGAAACAUGCUUAACUAAAGAACUAAUAAGAUCAUUGCAUAUUUACUAUUACUCUCAAUGUUUUGAAAAGGAAGAUUCCCCCCCCCCCAGUUAUUUCAGCAGAGAGGUACGUACUGUGUUAGCCCUACGGUGAAAUUGAUACCUUGUAUGUGUGUAUUACAUUUCUGAAACAAAGGUAUGAAUAGAGUAGGAGUGGUUUAAUCAAGGUAAACUUCGUUCUGAAAAUGGGAACAGAUGGCAGUGACAAAACUGAAUUUGCUGCAGUCCAUGAUUGGGCUUGUUAAUAUGUACACUAGAGCUGUUUUCCAAGUAGAUUGCACACUGUUAUUUCAUACUAGCCUUCAGCAUGAGCCCUGUUGCCUACGCAAUAUUUCAUGUAUUUAUAUGUUUGGAAAUUUUUGUUUGAGUUCACUUUUUUGUUGUGUUGUAUGUCGUAUUUGAAUGUUACAAAAUAUUUUCACUGAAAAGCUGUCAGAAGAUAUUUUCUUGUAAAUUAUUUCUUUACCUUGUAAACAUUUAUCUUGUCUUUUAAGCCUGUACUAUAAAGGAAGAAAUACAUUUUGGACAGAGAUUAACUGUUUUGACAAAAAAAAAGUGUGGAUCUUUUUAUUUAAGUUAAGACAAAAGUAUAUUUUUCUUACUUUCCUUGUCCCAUACAGCCAUAGCAAUUUUUCCAGGUUUCUUUCUUCAAAGAUCUGCCUACAACUAGAUUUACCUUUUGUAUAGAAAAACAAUUGUUAAACAAUAGUGAAUUGUUUCUUCAGCUGUAUGUAAUUUUAUGAUACUGCAUCUAGGCUGUCUUUUUAGGAAGCACUGAUGUGUCUUUUAUAAACUUACUACCUUUACACAUAUGCAAACUUUCUAUUUCAAUGCUCUUUUUAAUGUUGCCUUAUUGUUGCACUAAAAAAAAUCAAAUCUAGUAGUCAAUAAAUGAAUGUCUGAAUUGAGUAAAA